AUGAUCAUUUUUUUAGCUCCUUACCUUUGUUCUCCGUGGAUGUUCAUGCUGCUGCGGAGGAAGCCGGGCAUGACCAUCACAGCGAUAAUUGGAAUAGGAUUAAGUUACGAGCCCAGACCAAUCGCCCGUAGACUCCCCGCGAGGCGCGUGCCGCAAAACUCCGCGCGAAGCGCGGAGUUUUGCACAAGCGCCUCGCCGCCGCCCCAUAGGUUCAUGUUGUUUGUUUUUUUGUCAUAACUUCGAAAAACUUGACCAAUCACGGCGAUUUUGGUGUCAUUCGACUCAGCUUGAAGAGCUCUUUCAAAUGAGCUAUUAUUUGUAUAUCGAAUUUUUCAUCACAAAAUUGAGCUUGGUCCCCCCUAUGAUUUUUCGAUUUUCGGGGGCCUAUAUCUCGGUCCAUGGGUGAGACCGGGACCUAAUUUUGAUGUCAUUCGACUCAGCUCGCCGAGCUCUUUCAAAUGACAUAUUGUUUGUUUGAAUCGGUUUCCGGGACUUAUGACGGAAUUUUUCCCUUCAAUUUUUAAUUGAAAAAUGGCUGAUAAAAAAUUUUCCCCAUUUUUGCGUUUUGCGUUCUUGCUUUUCGUUUUCGUUUUUUGCAAUUGUUUCUUGCGUCCACCCUGCUUGUGAUGUAGAAUCCAACAAUUAUCGGGGUCGUGGAACGGGGAGCUACCUUAGAAUUAAUUUUCCCAAAGUUAAGACUUUAUUUGAAAUAUUCGAAACUUUUGGGAACAAAUCCCGACAAUUCUUUGAAAAUUCGAAAUACUUAGCGUUAUUUUAUCCAAAUCUUACCAAUAAAGUUUAACGUGGCAUUUAGUUUUUUAAAUAAUUUAUUUCAGAAUCGCUAUGGACCAUUGGCAGGAGCUAAAAGAUAUGCAGAAUUGCUUCAUUUAAUUGAAUUCUGCUUCAAUUGUGGAAACAAUGAAUGUCUUUUGCUAAAUUAUAUGGCUUAUUUGACAGAUCCGGAUUUUUUCCAUAAAUCGAUGCCUGGGGCACUUGUUGAUCUUUGUCUUCGU